AUGCGGUUCGGCCGACGUAAGUCGAGCGCUGCCGCGGGAGAGUGCGGCAUCAACGAAUACGACGCUCGCAGAAGAAAUCGGUUAUCCAAACCUCUGACCAAAACAAUUUCUACUUCGAUAUCCGCAACCAGUCUUCAAGAGCCGGUGGCACAGUGCAAGAAUGCAAGCAAACGGGAACCUCCGCCAGGCGGUCCGUUGUCUUCUCACCCUAGCAAUCCUGCUCUAAGGAGACAUAUUCGCAGCGAGAUUUUUGAUGAAGAAACGCCAUCCCUAGUACAGUCUUCAAAGAGCGACUCAACUGCAGGGGUCGUACAUACGGACAGCCAGCCGGAUAGCAACAUUGCUCGGUCUAAAGGACCGGCGGAACAGGAACAGCCGCCAUCUUCACCCAAGGAACCAAGAAAGCGAAAGUCUUUUGUGCUCAGGGCUGUGUCAACAAGACGUUCGACAAGCCUUGGUCGUCGAGCCAGUUAUCAUCAGAGCCUUUUACAGAACGGCGAUACAGCCUCUGGUUCUACACCAACGUCUUCUCUCGAUCGAGUGGUAGAUUCCCCGGCUAUCCCUCCCUCCCGGCGAGCCUCUUUCACCCCUGGCACAGCAACGAGGAAGGCGUCAACAACAUUGGCUAAACAAGAGAUUCCGGAGCAGCGCACAGCCGAAGACUCAGAGGACGUAAACAUCGUGGACACAGACGACGUGGACUGGCAACCACCUCCACCGAGGAUGGCGGGGCGGGCCGAAACUCCCGCAGACCUGGAUUACUCGCACUUGGGAAGUCUGAGGCUCGGCUCCCUACAAAUCGUCAAUGGAAGGGCCUCACCAGCAUUCAGCGAGAUGUCCAAGCUGUCUAAACAGAUUUUGGCAGUGCCUCAACCGCAGAGGGACGUCUCUAGUGAGUAUGGCGAGGCCGAAGAAGACCUGGGACAAGUGGAUAUGUCCAAUGGAAAGCGACCCUCGAGGGCGAACCCCAGCGAAAGGUCUGAACAACGGGUCUUUAGCUGGGAAGGCAAUGAUGACAAUACUUGUGCCGGUCGUCCUAUAAAGGAUGUCGUGACUAUUCUGAACGAGGACAAGCUAAUCAAGGACGACGGCCGGGCUUCAUUGAUGGCCCAGGAGUACAUUGCCGAGUUGCCUGCCAGUCCAUUCUCAGCUUUCAAGUCAGGCUCACUGUCCGGAUCGUUGAGGAGGAGUGCGUCUGAACAAUCAUUGCAUGACUCGUCCUUUUCAUCGUUACAAAAAUCUCCAGUACUCGAGCGCUUUCCUGGCAACAGCUCUCCCACAUCCUUCGAGUCACGAAGCCCUUCCCCUACCGGCUCGGUCAUUUGCAGGUCGAGAAUGAAUCCAGGCUCUGAACGAAUCCUGCGGGCUUUUGGACCGAAUGAUGUAGACGUCGAUGAUCAUACUCUCGAAGACAUGAUGAGCUGGUACUCACCAUUUGUAUCCGGAAUUUCUCCAGGCGACACCAGCCAGUCAAUACUUGAGCCCCAAGCCCAACCCUGCCAGGGGUACACGGCCUCUUCGGCUACCCUUCACCCUCCUCAUCCUAUCCAGAAAUCAGACAGUGGUUACAGCUCGACUAAUUCAUUGCGAUCGCUUUCGACAGCGAAACCGCCAUCGCCCGUCCGUGGGCCACCUACGCAUGGCGUGUCCCCAGUUUCGGACAGGAGGUCACCACAGCCCGGGGACCGGUCUUACCUUGCGGAGGCCAGACCGCCCCUCCUAAAGUCGCGUCAGACAGAACCCAGCGUCCCUACAUCCGCCCCUUUACGUCCUGCUGCAGUGUCGGCAAAUACCACACCGGCCAUUCCUACAUCAGACACGGCAUCUGUAAAACCAGACAAGGUUCGGAAGAAGUUGCAGAAGAAGCGACGACAAAGUCAGCCAUCGAUUUCGAUUUCGAGAGUACAUUCUUUCGAGGCCGAUGCAAUCCCGCGAGUCCCAAGCGAUGCCGAGGAGAACCUUCGCAUCCGCUCGAAGGAGGUACCUGAGCUCGAAAAAACAUAUAUCUCGUACGGUGAUAUGGGCCUUCACGACAGCGUGUCUAGCAUGGACCUCCGCAACAUUGAGGUUAGAUUCCCUUCUCCUGCUCCUGAUCAAUCGAGCCAAGUGAGGCGACCUCGCUCUCGAAGCAGGCCAAGGUCCUGGAUGCCCCGCCCAAUCUCGCGCUCGAAGCUGGAUGAACGGAGCUCCAGGCGAAACUCCAGCCUGGACCAAACUGAAACGAUGAUGCUGGUAAAGGAGUUCGGCGCAGCAUACUCCAUGUACGGCGGUCCCUACGAUUUGGUACAUGAAAACAUUGUUUACGGACACAGCAUGGGCCACAACACUGGGGUCUCGGCCCUGCCGCGGCCGCGACCAAUGAUGGAUGACAAGACCGCUGCAGAGUUUGCACGGCGCCGAAGCCGGUCCAUCCAGGAACGUGAGAGUAUCUUGGCCGACAGAAGAUCAGGAUUCAACGACCGGGGCGGUAUUCCUGGGAAAAACUUGAGGCCGGCAAGCUUUGCCAACGAUGCUCCUCCUAUCACCCCUGAAAUGUUACAGAAAGCUUAUCGUACUUCAUCCGAGCAAAGACAAGCAUCAAUUGGGGGUGGUUUCUCACCCGAGCCUCCGCCGCCACCGCCGCAUUCGCCACGACCUGCCUACGUUGACUAUGAAGAGGACUAUGCGAACUUCGCGGUCGCUCCCCCUCCGCCGUCCCAUUCUCCCCGACCAAUGGACAUUAUGCCCGAUCCAUGGGCUACCCAAUCGGCUUACUGGGCAUCGCACACCCAGUCUUCCGCAGAACUGUGCCAGAGCCAGGGCUGGGAAUCGCAAACAUAUGAGGAGUAUCGGCUGGCGGUUGAAGACGAACCACUGUACCCAGAGAUACCUCCUCGUAGUCAAGAAUGGGAGCGGAGCCCCGCACCAGCUCAGCAUUACUUUUCGUCUGAACCACAAGGUUACAAUGGUUUCGAUGGUAACGGCCAUGUUGACGGGCAAGACUAUUCAUAUUUUGAGUACCCCUACGAGUAUCCUGCGCACAAUGGGUCUCGGUAUGACCGAGAUUCGCAGCAGGUCUUAGCCUUGCAGGAAAUACCGCAACCUCGUGGGCGUGCUGUUCGGCCGUAUGCACCGGGCGCAAACCGGCCAUUGCCGUUGCCAAGGGCCUCGGGAAUGGUGAGUCCUCGGCCUCAUUCACGGGCAGGUAGUGCGCACAGUUUUGCCUCGUCUCUUGCGGAAGAGCUCCACCCCGAUAACCUGGAAAGACCGUGUCCACCACCAGAGUUUGGACGGUAUUCAGGCGGCAUGGGCUGGGAAUAUGAGCAUGGCAAAGGGUUUGGGGGUUCGGUGGGGACCAGGUCUGUCAGUGGAAGAGCGGAAGCGAUGAGAAAGAGUGUAGCUAUGAGAGCUAGCUUUGGCGUCGAUUUGAGCGACGUUCCGGUUAUGAUGGCGGUCGUACGGGGAUGA